AUGACAGACGAUGAUGCGGAUCUGGAACUCAGCUUGCCGGCGGAAGAGCCCGCUGAGGUUACCACAUCGUACGAAGACUGCAGCUCUUCUGCAGCUUCAGAGAAGAACGUCCACUCGGACUCUUCCAGCGACGCUGCGCGGCCGUCUGAUGUAGUGGGUGCGAAGGGCGGAUUCAGCCCAUCGUUUUCUUUUGGGGCAAACAUCGCUGUCAAGAGUGACAGUGUACCCACCGCCGUUCCCAGCGGCGGUGGUGGGGGUCUUUUUGGUAAAGGUCCCAAUCCGUUUGGCGCUGCCAACGCGAAGGAAGGGGACGCUAAACCUUUUGUUUUCGGUGCCGCUUUUGAGAACAAUAAAAACACUGCUGUUGCCACGGAAAGCGCAGGCAUAUUUGGCGCUGUUGGGGGCGCAGCAAGGCCCUUCAGCAGCAGCAGCGCGAAGGACGGCGGCGGCGCAGCUUUCUCCUUUGGUGCAGAUUCUCUCAAAAAGGGUGACAGACCUGCAGGAGCUGUGCCAACUCGUGGCGCUGCAGGUGCCGUCGGCAGUCAACCAAAACACAUGGAUCCUGCGAAUGUCAAAAAGGACGACGACACGCCGGCAAAGCGGAGUGUCGAAGGCAACACCACAAUCAACGAGGGUGUUUCCGGCAACGCAGUGGCCGUUGAUGUCGCUGCGCCUCCACCGCUUAACAACGAUGCCUCCGCUGUAGUGCGAACUCCAGACGUUUUAGCACCACUGUUCUCGUUGGAGGAUGUCCAUAGAGUUGUUUCUGAGGCCUUGUGCGAACAACGGGAGGCAAUGAAGGCGGAAUGGGACGCGUUUCGCAAGGAUCUCUUAUUUGACAUUCGACAGGCUGUGUCGGAAGCAAGCACGCGUAAUGUCGUGGGCGAAAGGGCUGAUUUUGAAGAACCCGCCGCAGAGAUGAACGAAUCUCUAGUGCGACGACAUCUAUCAAAGGCGUUUCGUAAGUACUAA